CUCACUGUGACACACUCACACUACACUUCUCUCCCACCUUAUCUCAAAACGAUAGUUUAAUUCUCUGUACAAUUCGGUAGAUUAUAUCACAGGAAGAAGGAUUUCGAAGAACGAGGAGACAUUCAAGCAUUGCAAGGAAUAUUAUAAUGGCGGUGAAACUAAGCUUAGUACGUGAAAACAUUACUUGUUUAAUACUUGUUAUGUCGAUAAUGUUAUCAUUCUAUACUUCCAGUGCAGCAAACGAUUACGAUAUACUUUUAUCGUUCAAAUCUUCGGUUAACGAUCCGUUUCGGUACUUAUCAAACUGGAAUUCUACGAAUAGUUUGUGUAACUGGAACGGAAUUACUUGUAGAAACUUUACUCAACAAGUUACAAAACUUGAUAUCUCAAGUAAAAACAUAUCCGGUGAUCAUUUCUUCUCUACUUCACUACUUAAUCUUCAGUUCAUCGAAACCAUUGAUUUAUCAAACAAUCAAUUCUCUGGUAAAAUUCCAGAGAAAAUCUUUUCUUGUUUAUCGUUACGGUAUUUAAAUCUCAGUAACAAUAAUUUCACUGGUUUGAUUCCAAAUGGCUUCAUUCCAAAUCUAGAAACCUUAGAUUUUUCGAACAAUAUGUUGUCCGGCGAAAUUCCUGAUGAUAUUACUCUGUUUUCUGGUUUGCGAUAUCUUGAUCUUGGUGGAAAUGUACUGAAAGGAGAAAUUUCAAAGAAGAUAUCGAGUUUGCAGAAUUUGGAGUACUUCACAUUAGCUGGUAAUCAGUUAACUGGCGGAAUUCCUAAAGAAAUCAGUGUAAUGAAGAAUUUGAAAUGGAUUUACUUAGGUUAUAAUAAUCUUUCUGGUGAAAUUCCUGAAGAAAUCGGUUCCUUAUCUUCGUUAAGUCAUCUUGAUUUAGUUUACAAUAAUCUUACCGGGAAAAUUCCAUUUUCAUUCGGAAAUCUGUCAAAUCUUCAUUAUCUUUUUCUUUAUCAAAACAAACUCACCGGUUCCAUUCCGGAUUCAAUAUUCAGCUUAAGAAAUCUCAUUUCACUAGAUGUCAGUGAUAAUUUUCUUUCCGGUGAGAUUUCAGAACUUGUCAUUCAGCUGCAAAAUUUGGAAAUCUUUCAUCUCUUCUCGAAUAAUUUUACCGGGAGAAUUCCGCAGUCGUUAGCGCGUUUAAGGAAUUUGAAAGUUCUUCAACUCUGGUCUAAUCAAUUAUCUGGUGAUAUUCCACAGGAUUUGGGGAAAUUCAAUAAUCUUACUGUUUUAGACCUGUCUACUAAUUAUCUCACUGGUAAAAUUCCGGAAGGUCUUUGUAGUUCCGGAAGUUUGUAUAAGCUUAUACUGUUCAAGAAUUCUCUGGAAGGUGGUAUUCCGAAAUCGUUAGGUUCUUGUAAGAGCUUACAGAGGAUUCGAAUGCAGAAUAAUCUUUUCUCAGGAGAAUUGCCGUCGGAGUUUGUGAAACUUCCGUUGGUGUACUUCUUGGAUCUUUCAGGGAAUCAUUUUUCUGGUAAAAUUGGUGAGGAGAAGUGGGAGAUGCCUUCACUUGAGAUGUUGAGUUUAGCAAGUAACAAAUUUCAUGGGAAAUUACCAUAUACAUUUGGUAGUAAAAAACUUCAAAGUCUUGAUUUAUCUGAAAAUCAUUUCUCAGGUAGAAUUCCGUCUGGUUAUGGGAGGUUAUCGGAGUUAGUUCAGUUGAAACUGAAUCAUAAUCAGCUCAGUGGAAUGAUUCCGGCUGGAUUAUCUUUUUGUAAAAAGUUGGUGAAGCUUGACAUUAGUCAAAAUCACUUGACUGGUCAAAUUCCAGUUGAAUUUUCAGAAAUGCCAGUUUUAGGCAAUAUGGAUUUGUCCGGAAAUGAUUUAUCAGGUGAAAUUCCGCCGGAUUUGGGAAAAGUUGAAUCAUUAGUACAAAUCAAUAUCUCUCAUAACCAUUUCCACGGUAGUUUACCGUUAACCGGAGCGUUUGUUGCUAUUAACUCAAGUGCAGUGAUAGGGAAUGAUCUUUGUGGCAGUAAUUCUAUAAGUGGUUUACCGGCAUGCAAAGUCACCAAGAAACCAAUUUGGUGGCUUUUCAUUACUUCACUGUUAGUGGUUGUAGCUGCUCUGGGUCUUGCAAUUUCCAUAAUUUUGUUCAUCAAAAGAAGAAAUGAGAUGGAAUUGAACAUCAUUGAUGACCCAUACUGGAAUUUGAAAUUCUACGUUCCGGAAAAGCAUCGGAAAAUGAUUACGUUGGAAGAUAUCUUAUCGGCGGCGACGAAAGAAGACAAUGUGAUUUCUAGAGGGAAAGAUGGAGUUAUGCACAAAGGGAAAGCUGCUUCUCUUAACGGGGUACAAUUUGUGGUACACGAAUUGAAGGAAAUGAAUGGGAAUGGGACUUAUACUUCUUCUAAAGACAUGGGUUUCUGGAAAGGAAUGGAAAAUCUUGGGAAAGUUAAACACCAAAAUGUGAUUAAACUUCUUGGAAUUUGUAGGUCAGAAAAAGAUGGAUUUCUGAUUUACGAGUACAUCAACAGUUGGAAAAGUUUGAGCGAUGUCCUCGCUGGUUUGAAUUGGAAUGCUCGUCGUAAAAUAGUGAUGGGUAUUGGCAAAGCUCUUAAAUAUCUGCAUGGGAAAUUUUCUCAUAGUGUUUUGUCCGGAGAGCUGUCAACGGAGAAAAUUGUCACCGGUGAAGAUGGAGAACCUCGCCUUAGACCCAAGUUUGCCUAUGGUUCCAACAAUGGGUUUUCUUCUUCAAGCUACGUCGCACCAGAAGACAAAGAGAAUAACAAGGAUGAUGAAACCACAGAGGAUAAGCUGCAGCAAAGUAGCAAUGAUAUAUAUGAAUUCGGUAUUCUUAUGAUUGAGAUUCUGACGGGAAAAGGAAUAACCGAUGCUGAGCUAGGAAUGCAUGAUAAUAUCGUUGAGUGGGCACGCUAUUGUUACUCAGACUGUCAUGUCGACACAUGGAUCGAACCCAGUAUCAAAGGUGAAAUAAUGUUGAAGCAACAACAUCAUCAGAUUGUGGAGAUGAUGAAACUUGCUCUUCAAUGUACUACUAUUGAUCCUGCUGCUAGACCAUCUGCAAACUAUGUAAUGAGAACUCUAGAGACAAUUGAAGGGACUGGAUAUUCUUGCACAUCUAGGUUCAGCGUUAAAGUAGCUAGCUAGUUAUAGGGUUUAAACCAUAGUGGUGCAGGCCGGUCUAGUGAUGUUUGCAGUGAAACAGUUGCUAAAGGUCAUACUUUUGUUUUGUUUUGUUUUGUUUUGUUUGUUUCGUUUUCUUUUCUUUUGCUGUGUUUUGUGACAAAGGCGAUCACGAUGCCGUAAUGCCAGUCAUGUAUAGAUGUGAAUAUAAGUAUGAUAUAUAAAUGAGGAGUUUCGCAAGUUUCUUUUUGA